UCUGUCCCAUACAUACGUCUUCCCCAAAAGGCCAGGCCGAUUGAGCCAAGAACCAUAAAAUAAUCUUUAAUUUAUCACAACGUACAAUAACGUAACGUAUAUAUCCAAAUUAAAAAAGAAGUAAACAAAAAUGGGAGGGUGUGCGUCGACUCCGAAUGUGUUGAAGGACGAGGACGCGAACUCUUCGAUGCCGCCAUUGCCGCCGCGGAAGAGAGAUAAGGCCGCGGCGAAGAUUAGGAAACUUGCAAAAAAGGCGUCGGCGAAGAUGGAGGGAGGAGGAUUGGUGAGUGGAGAUAAUGAUGAUAAUAACGCCACCAGCAGACGCCGUUCACUCAGCAAAAAGUUCAAGGAUGCAGUAAAAAAGGCUUCGUCCAGGAGGGAGGCUGCUGCCGACGCUGCCAGACGCCGUUCAUUCAGCACCAAGUUAGAGAACCAAGAGGAGAGCUCAAAAGAGGCGAAAGAGGAAUUGUGUGCAACAUCAAAAUCCAAGUCUCAAGAAAUUGAAAAGCUAAAAUUUAACAAGGAGCAGACAGUGGCAAAUCAUUCUCCUACUGAAGUGGCACAAGAAAUGGAGAACCCAUCAACAUAUCUUUCCAUGAGGAAAACGCCAACAUAUGACGACAUGCCUGCAAGAAACAUCACCAAAUCUCAAACAUUUUCGGAGAGGAAAACGCCAACAUAUGAAAUGUAUGUAAGAAACAUCACCAAAUCUCAGACUCUUUCGGAGAGGAAAACGCCAACAUAUGACAUGUCUGUAAGAAACAUCAACAAAUCUCCGACCUUUUCGGAGAGGAAAACGCCAACAUAUGACAAGUCUGCAACAAACUUCACCAAAUCUCAAAAUCUUUCGGAGAUCAAGACAUCAACAUAUGACAAGUUUGGAAGAAACAUCUCCAAAUCUCAAAUUCUUUCUUGGAAGAAAGGUGAUCAAAGUCUUGCAGACAAAACCCAGAAAUAUGAGCCUCACUUCAACAAUAAAGAAGAAAUCAGCCUCAUACCCGAGAAGACAAUUAAGGACAAGCAUGAACAAAAACCCUUGAUAUCUAAAACUCCUCCGGAGAAGAAGGCCCCCAUAAAACCACAGACUUCUUCUUCUGAGAAGCCUGCAGAAGAAAACAUACUGAAACCUGCUGGGACGAUUCUUCUAGAGAAGAAAAUUGAGGAAAAACCCCAGGAUAAGCCUACAGAACAAAACAACUCAUCAAAACCAGACAUCUCUUUUGAGGAGGAUAAGAAAACAGAACACCACAAGUCCGUCGUAGAAGAAAACACCACAAAACCUCAGACUUUUGAGGAGAAGCCCGCAGAAAAAGACAGCAGCAACAGCUUGAAAUCUGAAACUCUUUUAGCUAAGAAAGUUGAGGUGAAGGUUGCUGAAAAUUCCUUGAAAUUGGAGCCUCCCUCAGUGAAGAAAACAGAACAAAAGUCUGCUGAAGAAAAUAUCCCAAAAACUGAGACUUCUGAGAAGAAAACGAAAGAGGAUCUAUCAAAACAAAACACCUUGAAAGCUGACACUCUUUUGGAGAAGAAAAUUGAUGAGAAGCCUACUGAAAAACCCAUGCUACCUCCUGCUCCUCUUUCAUAUAAGAAAACAGAACAAAAGCCUACCCUGAAAGUUGAGAAGAAAAUAGAAGAACAAAACACCCCCCUAAAACCAGCUGAGACUCUUUUAGAUAAGAAAAUCGAGGAUAAACCUGCAGAAAACUCCAUAAAAUCUGAAGAUUCUUCAGAGAAAAAUAUUCAACAGAAGCCCACAAAAGAAAACACACUGAUAUUAAAGACUUGGUUUGAGAAGAAAACAGAAGAGGACACCCUAAAACCAGCUGAGACUCUUUCAGAGAAGAAAAUCGAGGAUAAACCUGCAGAAAACUCCCUAAAAGCUGAAGAUUCUUCUGAGAAAAAUAUUCAACAAAAGCCCACAAAAGAAAACACAUCUAUAUCAAAGACUUCAUCUGAGAAGAAAACAGAAGAGAAGUUCACGAAAGAGAACACCCUAAAACCAGCUGAGACUCUUUUAAAGAAGAAAAUCGAGGAUAAACCUGCAGAAAACUCCCUAAAAUCUGAAGAUUCUUCUGAGAAAAAUAUUCAACAGAAGCCCACAAAAGAAAACACAUCGAUAUCAAAGACUUCAUCUGAGAAGAAAACAGAAGAGAAGCUCACGAAAGAGAACACCCUAAAACCAGCUGGGACUCUUUUAGAGAACAAAAUCGAGGAUAAACCUGCAGAGAACUCCCUAAAAUCUGAAGAGAAAAAUAUUCAACAGAAGCCCACAAAAGAACACACAUCGACCUCAAAGACUUCAUCUGAGAAGAAAACAGAAGAGAAGCCCACGGAGGAAGAAUACACCCUAAAACCUGAGACUCAUUUAGGGAAGAAAAUCGAGGAAAAACCUGCAGAAACCCCCCUAAAAUCUGAGGGUCCUUCGGAAAAAAACAUUGACCAGAGCCCCACAAAACAAAACACAGCGCCCGGGGCACCAAAGAUUCCAUCUGAGAAGAAACCAGAAGAGAAUCAUAGAAGACAAAGCAGCCUGAAAUUUGGGAUUUCUUUCUUUAAGAGAAAAGAAGAGAAGUCUGCAAACAUGUACCGGCCGAAAUCUGAGAGUUCGUUGGUAGAGAAAGGAGAGGAAAAUCCAAAACCAGACUCCCCACUACCUGAAGGAACUAAGGAGGAGGAACCCGUGGCAACUGAUAUGUCCAUUUUUAUGAAGGAAAUGGAAGCAAAAUGGAUAGGGAUAUGAGUAUAGAGUUGCAGAAGCAGAAAGAUGAAUUCGAUCAGAGAGAAUUUGGUAGGGAGAGAUAGACAACUUUAAGUUUGUGUAGCAAUUAACCUCCUUAAUGCUUCUUUGAUUACACUAUUUACCUUUCGUUUUGUAGGGUGAAUUUCAAUAGAUUUUCACUGAACUGUAGCAGAAUUGAAUCCAAACUUUAGUUAUAA